CGUCCGUUUUGCUAGUCCACACACCCAUCGCACCAAAGUCUUCCCUAUUCCGAUUUCUCCACGAAAAGGAGAGGGGAAGAGAGAGAGAGAGGGAGGCGGAGAGCCAUGUCGUCCUCCGCCGCCCUUCCGCCGAACCAAAACAACCACGCCGGUGGCGCCGGCGGUGGAGAGGGCUGCGCCGCCUCAUCCGGCGGCAGCGCUGCGGCCCAUCAACAACCUCUGACCUUCUGGUGCCACGAGUGCGACAUGAGCGUGACCCUCCUCCCCUCGUCCUCCCCUGCCCCUCCCCUUUGCCCCCAGUGCCGCAGCGACUUCCUUGAGGAGAUGGAACUCCCCCCUUCCCCUCCUCCCCACCGCUCCAAUACCCUAACUCUUUCCCUCUCCGACUCCGACUCCGACAUGCCCGACCUCGACCUCCUCACAGACUCACUCGACGACCCCCACCGCCGUCGCCGCGUCCCCGCCCAGGCCUACCUCCGCCGCCUCAUUCACCACCUCGCCGCCGGCGACGACCAGCCCCUCCCCAUGCCCAUCCCCCUCCGGGGCCCCUCCCCUGCCCCCAAAUCCUCCAUCGACGCCCUCCCCACCAUCCAGAUCUUCGACCCCUCCGUCUUCUGCGCUGUCUGCAAGGACGAGUUCCCCCUUCAAUCUGACGCCCGCCAGCUCCCCUGUUCUCACUUCUACCACUCCGACUGCAUCGUCCCCUGGCUUUCCCUCCACAACUCCUGCCCUGUCUGCCGCUUCCGCCUUCCCGACGACUCCUCCUCCGCCGCCGCCGACCACCGCCGGCCCCGCAUGUCGGUCCGGUUCGGGAGUUUCUUUGAUGAUGACGACGAGGAUGAUGGUAGCGGGGCCCUGGCUCUCCGGACCGCGCUCCAGCAUAUCAGGAGGAGGCACCGCCUGGUUCUGCCGGAGCGGCCCUCGGCGUCCGCGAUGGUGGAGGCAUCUCCCACCCAGAUGGCGCAGGCUGAGACAGGGUCGGCCGGCCCGGCCACCAGCGGGGAGACGGUGUCCUCAGAGUGGCCCGUGGGAGGGGGGCUUGCGGGUGGAAGGGUGGAUGAUGAGGGGGAUGCCGUGAUGUCAGAUAUUAGGGAGGAUUUGUUCGAUUGACUUGUGGAUUGGGUUGGAUUCUAUGGGUUCAGUUAACUUCAGAACUUUCAGUUUUCUUUUUUUGCAGCUUAUGUAUUGUAGCUGUUACCAGAAAUCCGUCAGGAACCGCAGAGAUUUGCCCUUUGGGAUAUGCUUGGAUGAUUGCAGUCUGCAACUCUGGCUUGUAGUAAUGUUAUAAUUUUAUGCGUUUAUUUCCUUAGUGCAUAGACUGAAGACCUCACUUUCCACAAUAAUGGUACCGUUGCCCCUUGUACAUUUAUUAAACUUCUUUUUCCUAAGUAAUAGGUAUUUGUGUGAUUUUGUUUCCCCUUUCGGUUGAUUGAUGUUCUGUAAUUGAACUUAUUUGCCCAUUUUGUUUCAUGUUUGUGAAUACUGAAUAAAAGUUCUAUAAAUAAUGAUAGUAGAUUGUAACUUCUAGCA